CCAUUAUUAACAGUGCAUGUCUCUGGCCGCCGAUUGUUCUCUCCCAUAUGCACGACUCCCGCUGACGUCACGAUACGUGCGUGCCGGCCGGCUCAUUACCGUUGGCUUCCUACACGUGCAGUAAAAAUAAAAUAGGCCGACAGUUACGAUAUUUAGCGCGAGUGCGUGUCGCUGCGGAAAAUCGGUGUCCGAGUACCGUUCCACGGCGUACCGUUACCGAUUUCGCGCAAAAACGGCCCCCGAGCUCGGCCAAUUAAACUCGCCGAAUUUUCGCCAAAUUGCUGCAAUUGCAAUAAAGCCGGGCCGGAAUUCUUUCGAGUCGGAGAGAGAGCCGCUCGGAUCGGACUUCGUGACCUUUCCCCCACCGUCCGCUUAGCCAAUCGCCGUAUGUAGGUCACGCCGCGCGGCCAAUCGCCAGGCGCGCGCUGCGUCACGUGGUUUUGUUGUUAUCAUCAGCUGUGGCCGGGCCGCUAUGUGCGCGUGGCCCGAGUUCCGCCCCGCCCCCGUCGCCCGUCUCGGUCGCACCGCCGCCGACUGAGCGCGACGGAGCCACCGCCGCCCGGCGCGCGCGAUCAGCUGUUGUUACGCUAGCCGGCCGGCACCAGUCGGCAUUCAACUGUUUACAGUGACGCUGCCUUGAUCCUCGCGCCGUGCCAUUCUUGUUUUGAGUAUGUGUAUUUACGACCAAGUGAUCGAGUUCGGACGCAACGUUUCGGUCGAGUGCUUCAGCCAUCAUCAGGAGUCGGUCCAGCGGGUGUUGGUCAGGCGGCUGUACUUCAUCGAUGACUCUGUUUUGUGAACUUUGAGCGACUCCGCGGAUAUGUCGACGGGAAAGAGACUGGCGAAGCGCUCCAUCAUCGGGACGCGGGUGUGCGCUCCGGGCGAGGACGGGAAGUACUAUUCGGGGGUGAUCCAGGCGGUCAAGACCCCGGCCAAUUUCGUCGAGAACAACAACUGCAUCAAUCUCACGCCCAACACGAGAUACACGGUACGGUUCGACUCACGACAGGGCAACUUGGGCCGCACCACGGCUGAAUUCUUCGAGGUCGACCUCAUCGGGCCCGGCUUCCAGUCCGUGCUGGGCCUGGAGCUGGUGGCGGAGCAGAAGUGCUACGUCACCUUCAACGGCCGCGAGGUCGCCGGGGAGGUCUGCGCCCACAACCCGGAGCUGGACGAGGUCAUCAUCAGGAUACACCCCCCGGGCUCCGAGGCGCCGUUCGAGGUGCAGAAGCGGCUGGACGAGGUGCGGCUCCUGGAGUCGCGGAAGUCGGCCAGGUUGGCCGACGUGGACACAGAUUUUGCCAGGUUGGCAGACAUGGGUAGCGACAGGAAGCGGACGGCGUCCCACACCAUUGAUGUCCCGGCGCCCUCUCCGCAUCUUGGGUCCCGCAAGCGGCGGCCCAGCAGCAGCCAGGACGACAGCCCCAAAGACACCCAGAUGGACGAGUGCAGCGCGGCGUUGGUCCUCAUGAGCCUGUCGUGCUCCCCGCACUCGCCCAACCUCAACGGUUUCCCGUGGUUGAGCACCUCGCCGGACAGCAGCAUCGGCAGCAGCUCGGCGUCGUACCGCUCCACCCCGUCGCCGCCGCCGCGCGCCUACACGCCCCCGUUCGCCGCCCCGCUGUCCUCCAGCUCGGUGUCGGACGAGGGGAUCGUCAUGGACUACUACCCGGACGAGCUGCCCAGGAAGAAAAAGAACGUCACCCGUAUUGUGUUCCAAUGCACAUGGCCUAGCUGCCUAAAAAUAACGAACACCUGUGAAUCCAUCGAGGCCCACGUCAGGAACGACCACCUCAAGGACCACGAGGUGCACCCCGGUGAAGAGGAGUUCUACUACACGGAGAUCGAGCUGGGGCUGACCAGCCCGCCGCCCACCCUCUCGCACCGGGACAUGGCGCGGCCACCCCACGAGGACCCCGACUACCAGCGGCAGCUCGUCGGCUCGUUCCGCCAGACGCUGUUGUCGGGCCCCACGCCCAUCCCGCAGUCGCCGCACAAGCUGCUCAAGCUGUCGCCGCGCCCGCACAGCCCCAAGACGCCGGCGUCGCCGCGGCGGGUGCGCGGCGAGAACAAGAAGUGCCGCAAGGUGUACGGCAUGGAGCACCGGGAGCAAUGGUGCACGCAGUGCAAGUGGAAGAAGGCGUGCUCCAGGUUCGGCGACUGAUCCAAGUGAUCAAGGUGAUCUCAAGUACAAUGCUUCCCACGGACACGCUCGUGAAGUGCCGGGGAGAUCUCAGCCAAAGUGCACCACGACGCGCUACUUUACCUUGAGGACUCGCUUUCGGUGUUAGAUUCGAACUGUUGAGCGUGGAGGGGUUGUUGGGAAUUUUGACGCCGGCGGAGCCUCCAACGGGUUGGGGCGGUCGUGUAUGGCAGUCGUUGUAAUUGUGGUACGCUGAUGGAUUUUAUUGUGGGAUCGGAGCGGCUGUACCAAAGAGGAUUCUUUCAUGCUUCGAGUUUGCUGCUUGUUACAAUUUGAAGAACGCGGGGUUUCUGCGUUUGUUGUACCUUUUUACGACGUCAUCAGUUUGUUUUGUUUGUCUUGAUCUGUUGGAGUUCGUUGCGAGAGUAACUUAUGGAGUUAGUCAAAAUUCACUUAAAUGUCUCCACCAUAUACCUGCCAUAGUUUUAGGGGCUAGAUGUUUUGCAAGUUGUGUAUAACUACGUUCCCCAGACUGGUUUCGAUCGGUGAUUAUUCAAAUGGGUUAACAGAUUGAUUUGACCCGGGGAAUCACGAAUUCGGACCUAUUCUGGGGAAGGUAUGUGGUCGGUCCAUGAUUUCGGCGCCGGAGGGCGCUGCCACUCACUGCCCUGUACGUUUUGCUUGUACUUUGUAUUUGUAUUACGGAGAUCUUUUUCGAUUUUUAUCUAUUAUAAGACGCAAGCGUGCACUUGUAUCAAAUCGUAUAAACGUAGAUUUACUCAUUUCAUUACCUCUAAAGUCUUUCAUUUUUAUUAUUAUUUUUUUGUUAUUGUCAUAUUUACAUUUAUAGAGUAUUUAUAUAUACAUAAUAUUAUAUUUUCAGAGUAUUCAUAUAUUGUAACGUUAAGUUGAAACCAUUAUUAUCAUGUUAAACCUUAACACAUUACGUAGCAAGUAAGGUACAUACACUUAUAUAUUUAAAAAGAUACAUUAUAUUUACAUUAGUUAUCAAGUAUAUAUUUAGAAUUCAUCCAGAAAUCAACUUGUGAAUAUACAUGAAAUUUGUCAAAUUUAUUAAUAAAGUACAUUAUAUAUU